AUGGCGGACGGCUCCAAUAGGAAGGAAAACUGUUUUUCCGUCGAACUGAAACUUUUAGAGGCUGAAUACGAAAGAUCUAAGCUACAGGUGUUCCAAGAUACGUUUUUCUGUAAACGGUCUAUAGUAGAAUUAGAACUCUUAUGUAAAAACGAGCAGCUUAUGAAGAAUGUUCGAGUCAAUAACAAACUCCGAGAACACGAAUGCAGACUGAAGGAGCAGGUUGAAUCCCUGUCAACGGAACUCGAAAACGCCACAAGCCAGCAACAAACCACUCAAAAGACACUCCAGGAUGAAAAAAUUCAGCAUCUUCUGGAGAAGAAAGAACUGGAAGACAGAAUGAAAUCGGAAAUGGAUGGAAAAAUUGAAAAGUACAGAGCCACUUCCAGUAACAAGGAAAAUUUAUGGAAAAUGGAGAUUAAGACCUGGAAGGACAAGCAGAUUCAAGCAUCUAAGGAAGCUGAAGAACUCAGGAGGGAGCUGAAAAAGAAAGAAGUUUCAAUGAAGACCAAGGGUAUUCAAGCCAAGACUGAUGUGAACAACGCUUCAACAAUGACUCAGGUUGAUUCUCAAAAGAGUGACGCCUCGACACAAGUUCAAACCUCCGCUUUGAUGAGCGAACUUUUCCAAGGGUCUAACGGCCAAGAGAUUGGCGGAGAUCUGCAAAAUGGGAAUGUGAGUGACAAUGGAAAGAAGGAUGUUGUGAAAGCAGAUAGGAAAAUGAAUAAUCAGAGAGGAAGGAAAAAAGCGGAACCGAGGAAAGAUCAACACAAAUAUGACAGGGGAGGAAAAGCGAAAGAUAAAACUGUCCAAGACAGUAAUAAAGAACAAGAAGACGACAAAUUUGGUAAGAAAGAAAACGAAGGAAAACAAAAGAGUCCUCAAAAGGAGAAGGUUCUUCGUAAUCAUAACGUUACAUGCGAGAGGAGUACUUCAAAUACACUGAGAGACGAGCAAAGGGAAAUCCUUGAAGUCUGCAACGCCAGAGGUUUAUCGAUAGCAUCUGGUGCUUCUGAAGAGGAUGACGUUCCUUUCCAGGAUUACAAAACCUCGGGGAAGUCACAUAAAUCACCAGAGACUGGUAAAAACCCGGAUAUAAGUGAAGAUAAACCUGGUAUGGAGGUUCAAGAGGAAGAUGUAACCUCAGUGAAAAAGAGACGUGGUGAAAUUGUACGAGAGGUGCUACAACACGCAGUUGUUGAGGAUAUUGCAAACAGGAGAGAAUUGGAAAGUGGCGAAGAAGGAAAAGUGAAAUUAAAAAACGACGACUUGCAAGAUCAUGAAAAGAAAUUUGAGAAGAAACCUUCACAGAAGCAGAUUCCUGAAAGUUUGAAUCCAGGGACUGAAGAACAGAAGAUCUCAUCCAUUGACGAAGACAACGAUUUCUUUGUUGAUUUGAGUGAAGAACAAAAACAAUUGACUGAGGACAAUAAAAAAGUAGAAACGUCUUCUAAAGAUAAGCGGGAUGAAGAGUUCUCGGGCGUCCAAGAACAGGACAAGAAAAAACUAAAGAGCACAAAGGAAAAAGGAAGCCAAAGACGAGUAACAUCAACAGAGGAUAAGUCUUCACCUGCGGAAGGCAACGCGAUUGAGCAGAGAAGCGCACACGAAAACACAGAUCAAGGGUCAAGAAGAGUCUUGAGAAGAAGAGCAAAAAAAAUUAAACCAAAACCAAAUGUUAUUGACGGCGAGACCGUGGCAAAGAAAUCCAAAGCCGGUGUCGAAUGUCAGAAAGGUAGCGAACCCGCCAUUUCGAAGACAUCAUCACCAGAAGUUAAUCCAUUUCCUCGUGACAUUGACAUGUCAUCAUGUGAAAUUGAUCGCCCGGGUGUUGACAAGUCACGCCUCUCACGUGCGACGACAGCUCACAAACCUCUUGACGGGACAUCUCAACAACCGGAAACGGAAGUGCUGGAAGGGCUGAGUAAUGGGACAUCCGCUCAUGGCCAACUUUCCAGAAAUCAGAGAUCGGACAAAGGGAAGUUGGUUUUAAGCGACAAUUCAAUCAAAACGGUCGAAGAAUCAUUAUCUGACCAUGAAAAACCCUCACAUAGCGAGAAAUGCCAAAGUGGGCUUGAAAUUAACAAUGAAAAGGAGAAAAAUGACCUCCCCUCGAAGAACAGAAACAAGAGGCACACCGCGCAGGAGUUACAAGCAGUUGAUGAUGUCAUUAAAUCAAAGAAACAACAAGACGUAGGCACCACUGACAUGGAUUCUAACACGCAACUAUCGUGUCAGGCUAAUGAACAGAACUCGCGGGACACAGGUCGAUCAAGAAAAAACGGGCAAGGUCCCACAGAAUCAGGGGGCAAAGGGAAAAUAGUAUGGGGCACAAAAGAAAAUGCACAAGGUGGCAAACAAAAGGUAAUUAAGAAAAGAAAACCUACUCCGCGUGUCCGUGAGGUGCCCGCUCUAUCCGAAAAGCAGUGUGGCUCGACCUGCACCACAAACACUGAAAACCCCUCCAUAUUGGACUGCACCAAAAAACGCAAGACUUUAUUCAACUCGCGAGAAAAUUCUCUACUGGUUCAGGUGCCAGAUGUUCAGAUAUCGUUUGUGAAUAAAACUUUGUCGAGAAGCCGUGCAAAUGCUGGUAUUCCACCAUCCCUGUCGGCCUUCAUGAGGAGUUUCAUUGUUCCAAAACUCAAGAAAUCAAGCUGAUGUCACUCUUAGCGGGGUCGCCUUCUCCUGGAUUCUUUCUGUGUAAAUGAAGCUCCCGGAAUUUUUCAAAGAAUAAGCAGAGAACAAGGCUGAUAGUGUUUGAAAAAAUUCACCAAUGUACGAUCAAAACAGGGCUCGGAUUUAUGCUCAUGGAGGGACAUUUUAAGGUCUUUUUGUUUACGUUGUGGCUCUCAAAAAAUGGAGAUAAAAGCAGGAAACACUAAAAAUAGCAUGAAUUGAGCCGAAGUUUUUUUUUCGACGAUCGAUUACAAAAUAAGUUACGUCCCCAUUUUGAAAUGGCCCAUUACAUACGCCCUCGAAUUAGAAUUUGUGCAAGACACAACAACAAGGUUAGAUAUUACCGCGGUCAAAAAAUGCUUUGGUCUUCCGUGACAAUAACUCAUUUUUUAUCGUUAGCUGAAGUAAAAAACAAUUGCGAAUAUGACUGAUCUGCGUAGUUUGAUGAAUACUUUUGACCGCAACUAUAUUGUAACGAUGUUUCAAUCACAAAACCUGCAAAAAACUUAUAGACUGUCACACGAGAAGGCGAGAUCUAAACAGUAUUGCCAUUUGCGGAAGUUAAGGUGGCUACUUAGAUCUAUUUUAAUUUACACAUUUCUGUGUUGAAAAAAAAAAUAGUAUUUUGAAGGAGGAUUAUUUGUUUUAAACUGUAUAUGCAGCAAUAUCUUUGACAUAGAUCGUAAGAGGCCGGAUCAUGUGUCAAUAUUAGGAUGUAUUUUGUUUUCCUCAGCGAUAUUUAGGUAUAGUACUGGCGUAUAUUAGCCUGUGUUUACGCUCCCUCUUUACCCACCCCUCUCCCCAAGAUUAUAGAAAGUUUUUGCAAUACCAUCCACCAUUGAACCCUGAAAUAACGAGUAGCUAUUGUGGUUGUAAAUUUAUCAUGUCUCAAAAAGGUGAAAUCAGCUGUGCUUGUUUGUUUAUUUUUCAUCCAUUGCAUGUUUUUGAUAUUUAAUGUUUUUAGAUGUUUAAUUUGCAUGCAAAUUAAAACCCGCGUGUUAUAAUGAUGUCAAGUAAGUUAGGCACAAUAUAUUUAAUG